AUGGAAAUGAAGCCAGCAUUGAUACACCUUGUUCAAAGUAAUCAGUUUUCAGGAUUGUCACACGAAAAUCCCUAUGAUCAUCUGGCAACUUUUAAUGAAUAUUGCAACACUGUGAAAAUGUUGAAUGUGUCAGAGGAGGCAAUCAGACUUAGUCUUUUUCCAUUUUCUUUGGCAGGCAAUGCCAAGAAAUGGUUAAAUUCUUUUCCUGAGAGAAGUCUGACAGGUUGGGAUGACGUUGUGUCAAAGUUUUUGCAGAAGUAUUUCCCUCAAUCAAAAAUAAACAAAGGUAAGCAAGAGAUAUCCUCUUUCCAACAGGAACCUGAAGAGACUUUGAGUCAGACAUGGGAUAGGUUUAAGGGAUUGUUAAGAAAGACUCCCAUACAUGGAUUUGAUGUCCCCACUCAAUUGAACCUGUUCUUAGGAGGUUUAAAAUCUCACACAAAAUUGAUGCUAGAUGCCUCAGCAGGAGGUAACAUUAGGUGGAAGACACCUGAUGAAGCUCAUGAAAUUAUUGAAAAUAUGGCAUCUAGCGACAAUGAUGUUCAGGGUGAGAGAGGACAAAAUCAAAAGAAGGGAAUGUUUGAGUUGCAAUCCCAAGAUGCCUUAUUAGCCCAAAAUAAAAUUAUGACUCAACAGCUUGAGUCUCUGAUGAAAAAGGUAUCACAAUUACAGAUUCAAAAUGUAUCACAGGCACAACAUACUGUGCAAGGGUGUGAACUGUGUGGUGGAGAGCACCAAAAUGGACAGUGUGCUAUUCUUACCAAUGCUAAGGAAGAGGUCAAUUACAUGGGAAAUCAAGGCCGUUCUGGUAAUUAUGGAAAUUAUAAUCAAGGAUGGAGACCUCAUCCUAGCAUGGGUCAGGCUAGUUCCAGUAUACCACCUCCAUAG